AUGGUGACUGAGGCAACAUCAUACCGUUCGCCGAAGCGCAAACGAGAUGAGUUUGAAUUUGAGCUUAGUCCGCCAGCUUCGCCUACUUCUACUCUCUCCGUUGCAAGUCUCCCAGGAGCUCGCUUGCGCGAAGAAGAGGAAAUUGGGCGCUUUAGUCCUCGAACUGUCGUCGCUGGUCGACUGAGAGAUCUCGCUCUCCAAGAGGCAAGCCUCAAUGCAGAUGCACCGCAAUCUAUCCAAAUGGUGCAGUGGCGUAGCUCCUCUGAACCUCUAGCAGAGCAUAUUGGGCUCUCUGAAGAAAUUGGACAGUCACAUAUACAAAUAUCACCCAGAGGAAGUCCGGUUCGCCUGACUGAGCACAGCAGCCGUGAUGCUAUUCAACUUGAACAGCAUCUUUCCAAGCAAUCAUCUAAAACUACAAAAAAGUCAGCGAAAGUGAUUGCCCGCGAUAAGUUGCCCGCAAAAUCACGGAAGAAGAGUUCGCCUCCACCGUCUGAAAACGAUCCUCCAAAUUCGCUGACAUGGAGCGAUUCAGAGAUAACAGGUCACAAUCCAACUGAUCCUAAUGACGAUGGCUAUGGGAUCAAUGGCAUUGGCUUCAAGCCCACUGCUGCAAUUGCGUGGGCGCGAUCACAGAAGAGGCAGAAGCAAAUGACCGACUGGAAAAUCCGAGAAGCUAAAGAAGCACGGGAAAAACGCAGAGCGCGUCGAGAAGGUGCCUCACAUAUCAAUCCAGAACACAGAGCCAAUGGCACAACUCACAAAAAAGUGAAAUUUAACCUCGGGUGA